AUGGAGUCCCUGGAGGAGCACGCCUGGAAGCCGGUCUCUGCCGCUGCCACCAUGUGGGGGCCGUGCGCGUGUCGUGAAAGGUCAGGGCAGGAUGAAGAUCUUCCCAGGAGGAGACAGCUGGAAAGACGACACAGCUUUGUCAUGGUCAAAGGAGCUGCUCUGCUUCUGCAAGAAGAAGAAAAGCUCGGGGCCCUGCAGGAGAGCCCAGCUCCUUCAGACCACAAGCAGGAUGGGAAUACCGCCGGGCAGCAGGAGCGGCACUUGCAGCAAAUGGUGGGGCUGCUGAGGCCACAAGACACCAUCCGGCUGGCUGUGAGGCUGGAGUCAGCUCGGGCUUACAGAAUCCGGUACCUGCUGGUUGUGUCAGCAUCAGAGAUGGAGAGCCAGAGUGAGAUGGUGCUGCUUGGAGUGGAUUUCCCUGAAGAAGGCUCGGCUGCCUGCACCUUGGGGAUGGUGCUGCCACUCUGGAGGGACACCCAGGUCUUCCUCGAUGGCGAUGGCGGAUUCAGUGUGACCUCGGGGGGGCAGACACGCAUCUUUAAGCCCAUCUCUGUCCAGACUAUGUGGUCAGCCCUACAAGUACUGCACAAGGCGUGCGGUGAAGCAGCCGUCAACAAUAACUUCCCAGGUGCCAGUGCGUUGAGCUGGACCGAGUGGUACCAGAAGGCGGUGGCCUCUGAGCAGAGCUGCAUUAACGAGUGGCUGGCCAUGGCUGGCCUGGAGUCUGUGCGGCCCAGUUCUCCUGCCGUCUCCUCAGACCAGCCAACCGCAGGGGAGACGACGGAGCGGAUGAUCCGGGCCAAGCUGCGCGAGGUGAUGGCCACCACCGACCUGGAGAGCAGCACCUCCAAGGAGUUUCCCACAGAACUGGAGCACCGCGCUGGUUGCAGCCUGGAGGACUACAAGGAAUUCAUUGAUAAUGAGAUGCUUCUCAUCAUGGCCCAGAUGGAUCGGCCAUCCAGGAUCUUUGAGCACCUCUAUCUGGGCUCUGAAUGGAAUGCAGCCAACCUUGAGGAGCUUCAAAGGAACAACAUCAGCCACAUCCUCAAUGUAACCCGUGAGAUUGACAACUUCUUCCCAGAGCAUUUCACAUACAUGAAUGUGCGGCUGUAUGAUGAGGAAACGGCACAGCUACUGCCGCACUGGAAGGAGACCUACAGCUUCAUUUCAGCUGCCCGGGUACAAGGCUCGCGGGCGCUGGUGCACUGCAAGAUGGGUGUGAGCCGCUCUGCCUCCACAGUCGUUGCCUACACCAUGAAGGCCUAUGGCUGGUCCCUGGAACAGGCCCUCUGGCAUGUGCGGGAGCGGCGUCCCAUCGUCCACCCUAAUCCAGGUUUCAUGAGACAGCUGGAACUUUACCAGGGUAUUCUGGAUGCCAGCCGACAUAGCAACCUGUGGGAACAAAAGGUGGAAGAGGCCCAGUCAGACGGUUCUUCAGACGUAAGCGAUGUCAGCAGUGGUCCUUCAGGAAGCCCAAACUAUGAGACGGUGAGCUCAGAGGAAGAACCAGAGGAGCCAGUGACAACGCCCCAAUAUUGCUUUCGACCGCUGCGGGAACCCCCUGAAGAACCCAACCAGCCUCUAGACCCACCUGAUGGCACCCAACUUAGCCUUCUGGAGACAGAGGAACACGGGGCAUCGGAUGAUUCAGGGGCUGAGGAAGUGCGAAGACACCUGGCUACAAUGAAAGUAUCAGAGCAGUCAGUCCAACCCCGGCGAGAGCGCAUUAACCUCUAUGCAGUCAUGCGCAGCAUCAGUGAGAUGGAUAGCCCAGAACACAUCCCUGUGCCAGAGUGUGCCACAGAAGAAGAGGUAUUUCAUCAUCAUCAUUCCGAGAGGAAAACGCCCGUCGCUUCUGAGCCAUCCCCUUCAAACGAAGAGAAACUGAGACCGGCAACAGACUCUUCAGCAAAACAGGGCUCGCCAGAAAAAGGAAGGGGGCAGGGUCGCACGCCAGGGCACCGUGGGCGUAAGGCUCCCAAAGGCCAUUCCCAGCUUUGCAAGCAGCUCUCCUACCACCCAGCAAAGGGUCGCGUGCGUAAAGCUGUCAGGCACAUGGAAGGCCCCCCCCCAUUCUGCCGCAAGCCCCCCUUACUGCACCGCCUCUCUGUGGCCCAGCUGGCUGAUGCUGCCCUGGUUGUGAGUCGUGCCAAAGAGUUUGAGGGACACACACAUCCCGAAAGCCCUGAUAAGGCCCAGUCGCCUUCUCCACAAGACCCCCGGUCUGGUGAGGACAAUGUCCUAAGCCCUAUACCCGGCUCUCGAUCCCGGCGGAUGGUGCGCCAAGCCAGCAUAGAUGUGGAUCCCAGCUCAGGAUGAAGAUUGGCCUCUGCCUACCCCCCUAUAGGCAUGGAGCCCAGAGGCUGAACAGAGAACUGAUCUGUAUCGCGCAGUCGUCUUUCCUCUGCCUUGAAGCUAGAGUCCUGCAUUGUCCUGGGAGCCAGUAUCUGCUUAGGAGAAGAACAACAGGGAGGAUAGGAAACCAGCCCUCUCCUUAGGAGACCACAGCCACCUUGCAAGCUCACCGUCACGGUUGCUCCACAGAUAACGGGUAGCACUGGGGGCAGGAAAGAACCGUUACUUUGGCGGGGGCUCACUCCGUGCACUUUUUUCAGAUAUCACAAUGGCCUUGAACACUGCACAGCUCUAUGUGGAGGCAACCUUUGAUGGUUCUUUCAAUGUGCUUUGAUGCCACUGAGCACUUCUUUAUGGAGCGGGGCCAGGGCAGCCGCCUUUCACUGUGAUACACUGGGAGAGGAAACUGUCCCUGCUCAUCUUUGCAUACACAACUACCGUGCCAUUGCCAGCUUCAUUCAGCCAGAGAAUAAACUUGCUUUC